AUGUACUACACUAAGAUUCACUACCGGGGAGAUUCCCUUACCCUGAACUUUUCAAAAGCACCCCCUAGUGAGGUCAAGUGCGAGAGGUGCUGGAUAAAUAUGUCUUACUACUUUGACCGCAAUGAUGUGGCUUUGAAGAACUUCGCCAAAUACUUUCUCCACCAAUCUCAUGAGGAGAGGGAACAUGCUGAGAAAUUGAUGAAGCUGCAGAACCAACAAGGUGGCCGAAUCUUCCUUCAGGAUAUCAAGAAACCAGACCGUGAUGAUUGGGAGAACGGGCUGAAUGCAAUGGAGUGUGCAUUACACUUGGAAAAGAGUGUGAAUCAGUCACUACUGGAACUGCACAAACUGGCCACUGAUAAAAAUGACCCCCAUUUGUGUGACUUCAUUGAGACUCAUUACCUGAAUGAGCAGGUGAAAUCCAUCAAAGAAUUGGGUGACCACAUAACCAACCUGUGCAAGAUGGGGGCCCCCGAAUCUGGCUCAGCAGAGUAUCUCUUUGACAAGCACACCUUACAAAUGUACAUGCAGGAAAGUAUACUCAAUACAAAUGAAAUCUUGGUUCAAAGCAUAUUUCCAUAA